UAAUUAAACAGGAAAAUCAGGAGCUGGGAUGGAGCUGGGUCCUGCUCCUAUGUUUGCCCCUAUGUGUCUAUAUUCAUGCGUGCUGUGCCUUAGGGAAGGUGCUGCGGUUUUCAAAGUGUCUUUUGUGUUCCCCAACAAGGACACGUACGAGGGGGAGUGCACCAGGAGCACCAAGGGCGUGCUCAAGAGGAACGGGCACGGCGUGCACACCAGCCCCGGUGGGAUCACCUACAUCGGCAACUGGAAAAAUGACAAGAUGAAUGGUAUGGGAAGGUUUGAACAUCCUUCCGGGGCAGUUUAUGAAGGCGAGUUCAAAGACAACAUGUUUCAUGGAGUAGGAACCUACACAUUUCCAAAUGGAGCAAAGUACAUUGGACCAUUCAGAGAAAACAAGCUGGAAGGUGAAGGAGAAUUUAUAGAUGAAAAAGGAGUUGAGUGGAGCGGCACGUUUCAUCACAAAGAAUCAGUGGGACUGAAGCAGAAGCUGAAAAUGUAGCUGUUUGGCACUGACAGCAGCACUGAUUUAAGGCAGCUCUUUAGUUGCAUUCGGGGCUCAAACAGCUGUGACCAGUUUUCAACAGGCAUUCAUUUCUUCGUUUAUUAAAAAUAACUUCUGAAGAUGCCUAUCACUAAUAAAUAGAAUAAACAGUUAUUUUUCUUUUCA